CUUGCUCUGUUGUACAACAGCAAUGGUCACGUUAAUUGCUAUGGUGGAUUUUGAGUGCCCAUCCUCCAAACCCAACUACAAGGACUGGGAUUCUAAAGCUGCUGCCAAAGGGUUCAAUGGGUCAUAUUUUGUACGAUGAGAUCAUGAGGUACAACCCCAAGAACCCGUACUGGUUCAACCGUGACUGGUUCGUGUUGUCUGCUGGACACGGGUGUAUGUUGCAAUACGCUUGGCUUCACCUUGUUGGAUAUGACAGUGUCAAGGAAGAAGACUUGAAAGGCUUCCGUCAAUGGGGAAGCAAGACCCCUGGACAUCCUGAGAACUUUGAGACACCUGGUGUUGAAGUCAUGACUGGUCCUUUGGGGCAAGGCAUUGCAAAUGCUGUUGGUUUGGCCCUUGCUGAGAAGCACUUGGCUGCACGUUACAACAAGUCGGACAUGUCUGUAAGGACUGAUCUCAACUCCAACAGGCUGUAUCAUCUUUGGCUCCACAGAAUCCCCAGAAAUUGGUUUGGUACCCUGCUCAGUCCUACACAUCUGUUCAACUACUUCCAGUCGACUUGUUUUCUCACUGUCGCCAAGGCUUUUGCAAAGUCAGAUGAUUGUGGGGAGUUGCUCAGACCAACAGAGUCUCGUUAACUCAUUGCAGGCCAGAGGUUUUGUCACCAUGCGUUUGUGGCUUUUGUCAGCAUUUUUGAGAUCUGGGAUUGUGGUAGCUCACUCUACGACUCGGUAGAGCUCGACUCGUUCAAGCGCCAAAUCGACUCGGCCAUAUCAUGCAGAACCAUGUCAACGAGGACCAUGCAGCAGAGGAUGUCCUGGAGGUCGGAGACGGAGUCGGCCUUGACAGCGCCGCAAAGAUCGUGGAGCUGCUUGCGGCGUCGCUCGUACUCCUGGUGGAUCCUCCGGCGAUGUUUCCGGUAGCCGUCGCCGCCGACCCACGGCCACUUCAUCCUCCACUUCAUUCUGCAAAAGCCGAAGUUCAUUUGGUUCCUGUGGCAUUAUAGGCCGAAUGCUAGCAAUUAUUGCAUUCUGGUUCAAUUAUCGCAAUUAUUGCCUUGAUUUGGGAGACAAGGCUAUCACUUCAGCAAAUUGAAAAGCAAGUUGAUCCUAGUGGAAAGCAAAGUAAAGAAAACAAAGGAUUAUUGCCAGGCACGUGAACACCCACUGAAAUAAAGGGAUAAGUACCCUGCCUCACUCUAUCUCCUUUAAUUAAUUACAUUAUUAAAUUACCUACAGAAUUUAAUACUCAUGACCAGAUUGCAGGUGGAAAACAUUUGAUUUGAGAGACAAUCAUGAUGCCUUCCACAAACGACAAUAAUAUUAUC